CGGUCUAGGGGCCAGCAUUUGAGGGAGGACCCCUGGAGUAGCACCAUGGGUUCCAGGGCAUUCCGGGACAUGCAGCUUCCCCGUGCAAAGCAGCAUCUGGACAAGGAUCGGCAGGUGAUCAGGUGGUGGUGUUCUUCCCCCAUCAGUCCGGCACGACGUGUUUUCCUGCUCGCUUCCCGCUUCGCUUCAGGAUUUCUGCUGUCUCCCCGCAGAGCCACGGAGCGGUACUCGCCCCGCCCAGGUUCUCUGCUGGUCGCUGGGUGGUACCGCAGGCACUGCUCGCCCGUGCAGGGUAGCGCCUCUAACGCGGGCACGCGCCGAGCAAGAUGGCUGAGCCCUGUGCGGGUGGCUGCUUACCUGUGGCAAGGUGCCCGGGGCGGGUGGAAAAGCCCGUUCAGCAGCUCCUAGGAAACUCGGCAGUGUGCUGCUUGGGGCGACUCCGGAGCUGCUCUGUGCCGGUCUCGGGAUGCUGCGGUGCUGGGGUUGCUCCGCGCCGGUCCAGAGGAUGGCUCCGCACCAGUACCGUGCCCCGCCAAUCUCCGAGCUGCGCCGGAUUUCCUGUUGCGGAGAGUGUUUUUAAACGGCUGGGGGACGCCUGACAGUCCACCGUAGCAAUGAGCAACUUGGAUGCCAUGAGGCCCUCAGGGGCAGCUGUAAGCAGAACCGGUCCGUUCCCGGGGCUGUGAACGGACAGCGGAGCAAAACAGACGCGCGCGCUGCCCUCGAGCAGCUACAAAAAAGGAAGCCGCCCGCGUGCGCGGAGCAGCGCCUGCAGUACCGAAUUCUCUUCAACCGGCGGCAGUAACGAGUGUCGCAGCGCUAGUGCGCAUGCGCGGCGUUGGGGCGGGUAUCUGUCAAUCCCGUGCUGCGAUGAGACAAUCAGGUGUCGGGGCGCGUGCGUGGUCAGCGGAGAGCCAAAACGGCUACUUCUCGGCGCGGGCUCGGGCAUUAAAACGCUGAGCCGUUCGGGUGCCGUGGCGUGUGCAGGGGCCUCUGGAAGCAGAACGGGUCUGUUCCCGGUUCGGGCUCGGGCAUAAGUCCGUGGAAAUAGACAGGGAACAUCCUGGAUUGGAAGGGGGGAAUAUUGCUGAGCUGGCGGUCUAAGAAUUGACCGCACGCCCGCCCUUCAGCGGCUCCGUAGAAGCAGGUGCUGUUUAUGUUUUCGGGCGCAUGCGCGCUAUUGAAUGGAGGAUUAAACACAAUAAGGAUUAGCGGAUUAGCUGCGCAGAGCGGUCAGAAUUAAGAUACGACACUUCCGGAUUUCUGUGCGCAUGCGUUGUGUUGCCUGCAGGACCGAACAGAGUUGGUUGCAGUUCCGCGGAUUGGCCACGCGGGGGAAGCAGAGACAGCGGAAAGAACUUCCCCUAGCGGGAUUGACAGGGGCCCGCAGCGCAGUCCCUGGCGUUCCGUUCUCUCUUCCAUCUGUUGACGGGGGAAGAGCACAAAGAUAGAAAAGGAGGGGGGAAAAAAGGACGAGGAAAACAAAGGAAAACUUCUCCAAAGUACAGCAAUACAACCUGACUGGAUAAUUUUCUUGUAGAACGGCAGUGCUCCAGGAUUUGAUACUCACAUAGAAAGCGCGUUGCCUGAGCAACAGAGAGGAAGGCAACGGGAAGAAUAGGGCAAAAUGAGGAGUACACCCAGGGAAAGCAAGGAAAAGGUGAGAGGAAAACAACAGGCAGCCUUUAGGGCACCCGAAAGUGCAGUAACGAGCUGUGGGAGCACGACGUUGUACCACAAUGUGUAAUGGGUAAACAUUGGUUUGUGUACAUUGACCUUACCUCUUUGGGCAACCAGCAGCCAGUCAGCUAAGUUGGGUUCUGGGGCAAUCCUGGAAAUGUGGCUUUUCAUUGCUGAGCAACAUCUGGGAAAGGUUCAGCAGGUGAUCAGGUGGUGGUGUUUUUCCCAUAUCAGUGGGAUGUGGUUUGCCUCUGCUUUCCCAUUUUCUGCUGUGUCCACAAAGAGCCACAAAACUCUGUGCGGUUCUUGCACUGCCUGGGAGCACCACAGUUCUCCGCUGCCACCAGCUGAAUGCAAUAUGGUAAUGAAAGGACUGCCCUGCACACACAGGGUAGUGCCUCUUACACAAAGGUGCACUGUAGUGCUCCUUUCUCAGAGCAAUGUGGCUGCGCCCUGUGCGUAAAGACAUGGGACGCCAUCCAGAGGGACCUAGACAGGCUUGAGUAGUGACCCCAGGUGAACCUCAUGAGGCUCAACAAAUCCAAGUGCAGGAUCUCGCACCUGGGUCGAGGCAACCCCCAUUACCAAUAGAAGCUGGGAGAUGAAAGGAUUGAGUGUAGUCCUGCCCAAAAAGACAUGGGGGGGUACUGAUGAAUGGGAAGCUGGACGUCAGCCAGCAAUGUGCCUUCAUAGCCCAGAAACUCAACAAUAUCCUGGGCUGCAUCAAUAAAAAAAGCACAGUCAGCAGGUCGGGAGAGGUGAUCGUGCCCCUCUACUCUGUGCAGGUGAGGCCUUAUCUGGAGUACCACAUACUCUCUUCUGGUACACCUGGUGAUGCAUUUGCUAGCAUGUGUGUGUGCGUACGGUGUAAGCGUGCCCGUCCCUGCCCCGGGGGCUUGGGGUGUGCGCUGUGUGCGCACAGCAUUUCACUGUGUGUGCAUAAGAGAGAUUAUCACGCCCAUGUGAGGGGCUCGGGGCGGAGAGAGGAGGAAGUUGGGUGCUCUGCGGCCCCUUUAAAUCCGUGCCCCCUCCGCCAGUUACGAGUUCGCGGCCCGCCCCCACUGGCUGCUAUGGCAACGGCACCUGCUUCCUUAAAGGGGACACACGCCAUGCUCUCCCAUCCGAACCCGCGGGAGGGUGCGUGGCAGUGUGCGGGGGGGGGCUCCCGUGGGUGAGCGCACAUGGGGAGAGUGUGAGUGUGCACGGGCGUGUGCAAGCAUGGGAGGCACGCACAGAGUGUGAGUUUGUGGAUCUGCAUGCAUGUGAGCAUGCAUGGUGUGUGUGUGCACACAGGUGUGAGGGUACAAAGGGAGGUGUGUGUCAGCAUGUGCACGCGAGUUUACACUCAUGUGAGCAUGCACUGGUGGAGGCAUGGGUAUGCGCACGUGUGCGAACAUGCUGAAGUAUGUGGGUUUGUGGCUGACCAGGACUGUGCACACGUGUGUGAAUAUUAGGGGCAUAUUAGAUGUGCUUCUGAAUGCACACAGCUGUUCAUACUGUGCACGAUUGUAUGAGUACACACAGGCUUGUGCUUGUAUGCUGAUGCGCGCAUGGUUGCACACAUAGGUGCACAUGUGUGAGCAUGCAGAGUGUGCACAGCAACAUGAGUAUGCUUGUAUAGAGACAAUCACACAGAUGUGUCACAUAUGGGAACACGCACAUCUCCAUUAAUGUGUAUGCUGUGUACAGGGACAUUUGUGUGCAAGCAUGAGCUGUGCACACGUAUGUGGGUUUUGCACAUGCCAGGGUUGAGGCAGUGAGCACAUACCAGAGGAUGCGUGCUCCCGUUGCAUGUCUAUGCCCCUGUUGCACGCCCGUGUGCUCCGGCCGAGGCUCGGGGAGCAGCAGGCACAGGCGGGGGCCGCGGUACCCGGAUCUGGGCAGGAGGCGGGCAGGAGGCCGGGCUCUGCUGCCUGCAGCCAUGAGCAGCGGCCCUGGCCCUGGGGCCUCGCCGACUGCCCCGGGUGCCCCGCUGGGACCCCAAGCCAUGCAGCAAGUCCUCGACAACCUCCUGAGCCUCCCCAGCACCCCAGGUGCUGCUGACCUUGACCUCAUCUUCCUCCGCGGCAUCAUGGAGAGCCCAAUAGUAAGGUCCUUGGCAAAGGUACAGUGGCGCAAGGCCCACGAGCGACUGGAGGAGACAAAGCUAGAGGCGGUGCGGGAUAACAAUGUGGAGCUGGUGCAGGAGAUCCUGAGUGACAUCGGGCACCUGGUGCAGCAGGACAGUGCAGCAGCCGAGCUGGCCUGCAUCCUGCGUGAACCCCACUUCCAGUCCCUGCUGGAGACCCACGACUCAGUGGCCUCUAAGAGCUAUGAGACACCCCCGCCCAGCCCGGUCCUGGAUCCAACCUUCAAUAACCAGCCUGUGCCCCCCGAUGCCGUGCGUAUGGUGGGCAUUCGCAAGACAGCCGGGGAGAACCUGGGAGUGACAUUUCGGGUGGAGCGGGGGGAGCUGGUGAUCGCCCGCAUCCUGCAUGGGGGCAUGGUGGCCCAGCAGGGACUGCUGCACGUAGGGGAUGUCAUCCGGGAGGUGAAUGGGCAGGAGGUGGGCAGCGACCCACGGGCACUGCAGGACAGCCUGCGCCACGCCAGUGGUAGCGUCGUCCUCAAGAUCCUGCCCAGCUAUCAGGAGCCACACCCGCCCCGGCAGGUCUUUGUGAAGUGCCACUUUGACUAUGACCCAGCCUCCGACAGCCUCAUUCCCUGCAAGGAGGCUGGGCUCUGCUUUACUGCCGGGGACCUGCUGCAGAUCGUCAACCAGGAUGACCCCAACUGGUGGCAGGCAUGCCAUGUGGAGGGGGGCAGUGCGGGGCUUAUCCCCAGCCAGCUGCUAGAGGAGAAGCGAAAAGCCUUCGUGAAGCGAGACGUGGAGGUGGCCCCCACACCCGCAGGGGCCCUGUGCAGCAGCCUCAGUGGGAAGAGAAAGAAGAGGAUGAUGUACCUGACCACGAAGAAUGCCGAGUUUGACCGCCAUGAGCUGCUGAUCUAUGAGGAGGUGGCUCGCAUGCCCCCUUUCCGGAGGAAAACCCUAGUGCUUAUCGGUGCCCAGGGUGUGGGGCGACGCAGCCUCAAGAACAAGCUCAUCAUGUCCGACCAGGCACGCUAUGGCACCACCAUUCCCUAUACGUCACGGAAGCCGAAGGAGAGCGAGAAAGAUGGGCAUGGGUACCACUUCGUAUCACGGGGUGAGAUGGAGGCAGACAUCAAGGCAGGUCACUAUCUGGAGCACGGCGAGUAUGAGGGCAACCUCUACGGCACCAAGAUUGACUCCAUCCGUGCUGUGGUGAACGCUGGCAAGAUGUGCAUCCUGGACGUCAACCCCCAGGCAGUGAAGGUUCUCAGGACAGCAGAAUUCGUGCCCUAUGUGGUGUUCAUCGAAGCCCCCAGUGCCGAAACCCUGCGGGCCAUGAACCGGGCAGCACUGGAGAGUGGCGUGGCUAUCAAGCAGCUCACGGAGGCUGAUGCCCGGCGGACAGUAGAGGAGAGCAGUCGCAUACAGCAUGGCUACAGCCACUACUUCGACCUGAGUCUGACCAACGACAACCUGGAGCACACCUUUGGGCAGCUGCGCGAGGCCAUGGAGCGUCUGCGUGCUGAGCCCCAGUGGGUGCCUGUCACUUGGGUCUAUUAGUGCGUGUGCCCCUCUACUCCUGUCUUGGGAGCCCACCACUGUGAUGAGUACGCCCUGCUCAGUACCAGCACUAUGAGGUACAGCUCUUCUCUCCCUCCCCCCUACACUGUUUUUUUUUUUUGGGGGGGGAGGGGGAGGGGGACAGAUAUGAGACAGCCCCCCCACCCCAUGCCUACACAGCUAACUCACUGCCAAAAGCUGCCCUCACUUUAUCCCAGGAGACUGCGCCACCAUGUGGCCCUUGCCUCAGUUUCUCCAUGCAGGAGCCUCCCCUGGGAUGGAGUGUCUAUAUCCCAGUAACACCCAGAAAAUUCCCACCCUGUAAUUAGCCUGCAGUUAACUCUGUAAUUGAUGAUCUCUGCAGGGGAGCUGCCCUGGAGUGAACCCAGGGGCCAGGGACAGAGUGUCUCAGAUGCACGCGUACGUGGGCAUGCCUAGCCUGGUGGCUCUAUUCUGCUUUGUUCCUGUCCUCUUUGUCCCCUUGCCCAAGCCUCCAGGGCCCCCCUGAGGUCCCCAUAGCCCCUGCCCCCAGGUUGUUCCUUUGUGGUAUGUUGCUGUUAUUUUAUUAUUAAAGAGAAAGAAGAGAAAAA